UUUCGAGGCUAUCGGUCGAAGUUUUGUUUUACGGUCGAGCAACGAAAGAAACGCAAUAUGGCGGAAUUUGGAAAUGAAGGAUCCGGCAUCGGACACGACAUUGGCGCGGAUUAUGCUCCCUCAGGAGGCACUUCCAUGUUGAAGAGAAAGAAGAAGGCAGCCGAAGGCGCAAAUCCUAAAGGUGGAAAGCUAAGAAAAAAGGUAGUGCGUGAGCGCAGGCCGAAAGGCGAGCUGGUAUCUUAAAACGAAAUCGGAUUGCCAAGUUGGAAAAAGACCUUGAAGAAGAAAGAACUCGAAACGCUAUAUUGGUAAACGAAAUGCACAAGAUGCGAGAAGCAAAGGAACCGGCUAUAGCAACAGGCGGUGAAGAACCUUCGUCAGACUCCGCUGGAGAAAUAUUGGCACAGAGCACUAUUGAGUUUGAAGCAGUCGGGCCUUCUAGUACCCAACGUCCAAGGGACAUCACAGGUUUUGAAGAGUCAAAAUUUAUGUGUUCCAUAAACCAACUGUCCGUAUCCUCUAUCGCUGUUCCGGAAUGUAAGUCGACAACGGAGAAUGGCGAAAUUGACCGUCAUACAUUUGUACAGUGGCACGAUCUGCUUGUCGACUCCAUGCAAUUGGCGGGAAUUACAGACGAAGCUACAAAAUUCACAAUAUUUAAAGUCAAAGCAGGGCCUCGUCUAUUGGACAUAUAUCGGAAUUCCAAGGCCGAUGAAGGUGCUCCAGACGCUGUCAUGGCACCAUUUGGCCACGCAAUGUAUCGAUUGAAAGCAUAUUAUGGAUCAGGUUCUGAUAUAAUGCUCCAACGUCGCCGUUUGGCCAUGAUGGAACAGAAAUCGGAUGAGUCAGAUCUGGCGUUUGUAACUCGCGUGGGAUCAGCAGCUCGACUUUGUGAUUUCGGAAAGGAGAAAGAAUUUGAGGAGAUUGUUGGAACCAUUGCGGAGCAUGCUCAUCGAAAGGAAGUGCGUACAAUGGCUAUGAAGCUUUUAAGCAGAAAGGGGACUUUCACUGACCUGGUUGACAAAAUCAGGGAAAUUGAAGCUAUACGCCUCAAUGAACAGUUUUUUUCACGAAAACAUGGACCGAAGAAUGAAGCAGUAGUAGCACCGGUUAGAGCAGACUUUCCAAUGAGAGGUGGUCGGAACAGGUACCGUGGAAGAGGCACCAGCCAUCGCGGUCACCGUGGAAAUCUGGGAGGUAUGAAUCGUCCAGAAUAUCAAGGACCAUCCCGAGGUACAAGUUGGGGAACUACUGUCGGCCCACAACGGAACUUAUCACAAAGCAACAGAUGCUGGAGAUGCAACAGCGUUUAUCACGCACCUGACAAAUGUCAUGCGAUCAACAAGGAUUGCAGAAACUGUGGACGGUAUGGUCACAUUCAGGUGGCAUGCCCGUCGCAACCAAGGAUACAUCCAAGCAAGCCGGUCCAUGAAACAGCAGAGUCUUUUCGGAAGACAGUCGCUUUAGUCGAAAAUCCCGAAGAAACACCUGAAUUGAAAGAAGUAAGUGAUAAUUUCAAGAAAUCGUCUAACGAUUAGCUGAAAUAGGUAACUUUUAUAAGCUUUUCUCAAGUUAUGUUUUAUACGUAUCGCUUCUUGG